AUGGCAGAAGAAAGCAUAUUUCGGAAUCUCCUGGAAAUCCUGAUCAGUGCCUCAAGUGAAAUUGAGCAGGCCUGCAAAGACUCCGGUGAAUUGGUAGAUCUAGACACCUGCCUGCUGCUCAUAGCAGAGUGUUUCAGAUGUCUGAGGAAUGCCUGUGUUCAGUGUGCCAAGAAUCAACAUGUCAUGAGGAACUUGGGUCUCAUCGCUACAUCCGUCCAUUUGAUCAAAUUGCUUCAUGGAAUACAAAUCAAAGAAGAAUUGUUAUUGACUGCGCUUCGUUGUAGUCUCCAGUUUCUUGGAAACGUUGCAGCAGGAAAUGGAGAUUCCCAGAAUAGCAUUUGGAAGUGUGCUUUCCCAGAUCUCUUCUUGACGUGUCUAACAUACAGUGAUGAGAAAAUUGUUGCCUAUUGUUGUAUGGUCCUGUUCACAUGCCUCAAUUCAGACAAAGUGAGAGAACUACUGGAUCCUGGGAACUUGACUGUGGCUGUUCGUGUCCUGAAAGUCUAUGAAGAGCGGUUGGAUUCUGAAUGGUCGUUCUUGAUUGUUACAGACCAUUUGCUGAAAUGUCCAGAGUUGGUGAAAGCCCUCUAUGCCAAACUGAGCAAUCAAGAAAGAGUUACUUUGUUAGAGCUGGUAAUGACAAAAGCAAUUGAGAAGAACCUGGUUACCACUGAAGAAAUGAAUGUGUUCAUGAGACUUGCUGACUUUGUAGCAGGCUGUUUCCAAGAGAAAUGUGAAGCUGUGCUCAAGUUUACUUCUACAGCAGAUACAGAAGAUAAGGAAGCACUGGUUACAAUUCGUCUCCUUGAUGUUCUUUGUGAAAUGACGUCAAACAACGGACAGCUGGAACAUCUACAGGCUUUGCCUGGUUUGCUUGAAACAGCCAUAGAUACCCUGAGAUUAACUCAUCUUGCUGGGAAACAGGCUGUAAAUAUUUUCACUGCCAGACAUGCUCUGACAGGGCAGGAAGAAAUUUCACAUCCAGCAGUGGGUUUUAAAUCUCAUCUCAUUCGUUUGAUUGGAAAUUUGUGUCACAAAAAUAAGGAAAACCAAGACAAG